CGGCAAGGUCACGUGUGUACACAGGCGCGCGCCAGUCCCUCCUGCUCCCGCAGCGGCCAGAGGCGCCAUGUGGAGCUGCGGCCCGCUCAAUGCCACAGGCCUUGAGGAUGGGCUGGGUUGCCCACAGCUUCGCCUGGCGCUCACGGCACUGUCCCUACUGUGCCUGGCGGUGGGUAUGCCUGUGGGGCUGGGCGGCAACGGACUGCUGGUGCUGGUGCUGGUGGGCGAGCGGGUGGCCGCCAUGCCGGACGUCUACUUCCUGAACCUGGCACUGGCUGGGCUGUUGCUCAGUGCCCUGGCGCCCCCCCACCUGCUGGGCCCAGGGGCUGCACGUUGGCCGCUAUGGCGGCCGGGCAGCCAGGCGCGUGUGGCGCUGCUGGUGCUGUUCAACGUGGCGGCGCUCGUCAGCGUCUACUCGGCGGCGCUACUGGGCCUGGACAGCUACAUCGCGCGCGCCCUGCCCGGUUCGCCAUUGCCCAGCGCCUACAACGCUCGGCAUGUGUGUGGCUUCCUGUGGGGCGGCGCACUGCUCACCAGCUUCUCUGCGCUGCUGGCUCACGUGUGUGGACAGUUGGCUGCCCGGCCGGCCGAGUGCGCUCGCCUGCAGGACUCGCGGCUGGCUGAUGGGCUGCUGGCGCUGGUGGGCUACCUGGUACCCGCACUAGCUGCGCUCUAUGCGCUGCUGCUGCUGGCCCGGCUGCGGAUGCGUGCCUCGUCCCUGGACCCCGAUGCCAGCCGCCUAGACCCCACCGCUCAGCGCCUGCUGCUGGCCACAGUGGGCUUGCAGCUGGGGCUGUGGGCACCGCAUUACCUGGUGCUACUCGGUCGCGUGCUGCUGGGUGCCCGUGGGGAGCUGCUGCUGGCCCAGGAUGCCGCCCGGUGCCUGGCCUUCGCCAGUGGGGCCGCCACACCCCUGCUCUACCGAGGCCUCAGCCCCACCUUCCCCCAUCAGCUGCGCAGGCUGCUGGCCAGGCUGCCCCUCAGACGCCGGCCCUGUGACCCAGAGCCCCCUGCCGUGCAGCCUGUGCUGGCCUAGACCCUGGGACCCAAAGCCAGCCCCCCAAGUGCUAGUCUGCCCUUCCAGGGCUCCCCGCCACGAAGCCCAUGCUGACCUAGGCCCCGGGACCCAGAGCCAGCCUCUCAAGUACCAGUCAGUCCCCCCAGGGCCCAGGACGCAGAGCCAUCCCACCAAGUUCUGGCCUGCAUCCCCAGGGCCCAGAGCCAGCCCAAGUGCCAGCUUGCCCCUCAAGUUCCGGCCUGGCCCCCCAUGGCCCAAAACCCAGAGCCAGUCUCCCCAAACUGCUGGCCUGCACCACGAAGUCAGUGAAUGGGAAGACACACCCCUAGUGCCCAAAACCCAGAGACCCCUGCACCUCCCUCCUGUCUGCCUGUGCCCCCAGAAUACAGUGUCUACUGCGAUUGUCUGUGACGGUAUCUGGUACCAGAGCCACGGUAUUAAAUGAAGGAACUAUG